AUGGCGGCGGCAAUGCCAAUAAACCCUAAACCAUUCCUCAACAGUUUAACAGGCAAGUCUGUGCUAGUUAAACUGAAAUGGGGCCACGAAUACAAAGGAUUACUUGUAUCCGCUGAUGGAUACAUGAACCUACAAUUAGCAAACACCGAAGAAAUUGUAGACGGCUCGUGUACAGGAAACCUUGGAGAGGUUUUAAUACGUUGCAAUAAUGUGCUAUAUGUAAGAGGCGCUGAGGAAGAAGAUGAAGAAGGAGAAAUGAAAGAAUGA